CGUAAUCCUUCCAUGCUUUUCUGGAAAAACUGAAUAGCACUAGAAUCACUGACUCAAUUUUUGGAUCUCAUUUUCAUGACAAAGCGAUUGUUCCCCUUUUACUAGCGCAGUUGCUGUUUCUAAAUCUGGGGGAGCAUGGGAUAUAAAAGGCAGCAACUGAACGGCUGGUCAACACCGAGACCUCAGGGAAUCCAUCAGCAUCAUCGAUCAGCAUCACCAAGGCGGUCCCAAACGCUGUAGCCAAGAUGGGCAGGGUGAGUUUGCACGAGGAUCCCUCUCUGCAGGGAACUGCUGUACUGGAAGGGGUGGGGGUUAUUCCAGUAACAGUAACGUCUGUGACACAAACACAGUAUUUAGCUUUUAGGUGCAUUAAUAACUUUCCAAGCUCUCUAAGAUUAGCCAUACCUUGGAGAUGCCUCAAUCACUAACAUCUUUUCCUCAGAUAAUCUUUUACGAGGACAAGAACUUUCAGGGUCGUCGUUAUGAGUGUGACAGUGACUGCACUGAUUUCCACUCUUAUCUGAGCCGCUGUAACUCCAUCCGAGUGGAGAGCGGGGCGUGGGUGGUGUACGAGAGGCCCAACUUCAUGGGCUACCAGUACGUCCUGACCAGAGGGGAGUACCCAGAGUACCAGCGCUGGAUGGGACUCAACGACCGCCUCUGCUCCUGCAAGAUAAUCCACUUCACCAGCGGGACCCCAUACAAGAUGCAGCUCUAUGAGAAGUCCGACUUUGGCGGCCAGGCCGUGGAAGCCACAGACGACUGUCCCUCACUCCUGGAGAAGUUUCGCCUGAGAGAGGUGAACUCCUGCAAGGUCUAUGACGGCUGGUGGGUUUUCUACGAGCGGCCCAACUACACCGGACGCCAAUACCUCUUGGAGAAGGGCGAGUAUCGCAAGCCUGGUGACUGGGGCGCCGUCAGUCCUACAGUGCAAUCCUUCAGGCGCUUCAAGGAAUGAUUGAAACUGGACCCAACUAACUUAAAUGAUCUAAAGAAGCAUUAAAAGCUGGAAGUGGGGAAUUGUCUUCUUCCAACAAACUAUGAUCUUGUAUUGAGGUCUCAAAAAUAAAAGCGUCAGUAGAAAAA